UCCUCCCUUCCGCUCCGACGGGCUUCAGUAAAUUCAGCAGUAAUGGAUUCGCAGCGCAGGGCGAGGGUGUGCAAAUGACAGCUCGCAGCAACUCUAGGCCGGAAUGCGACUGCCCCACCGCUGAGCUCAAGAUGAGAGAGUGGUGGAUUCAUGUGGGUCUGAUCUGCAUCCCCCUGGUCGCAGUCUACCUGCACAUCCCGCCCCCCCAGCUGUCACCUGCCCUGCGCAAGUGGCACAGCGCUGGGGAGGUUUUCCAUUUCAGAGGCCACAACAUCUUCUACAGAGAUUCCUACGGUGCACUUGGAAGCUCUGAUGUGGUCAUUCUGCUCCACGGCUUCCCCACCUCCAGCUACGACUGGAACAAGAUUUGGGAGCCGCUUACUCAGCGCUUCAACAGGGUCAUUGCGCUGGACUUCCUGGGUUUCGGCUUCAGUGACAAACCUCGGCCCCACAGGUACUCCAUCUUCGAGCAGGCCAGUGUGGUGGAGGCCCUGGUGGCCCACCUGGGACUGAGCGACCAGCGAGUCAACCUGCUGUCCCACGACUACGGAGACACCGUGGCCCUGGAGCUGCUCUACAGGAGUGAACAGAACCGGACAGGUCGUCUGACCAUCAACAGCCUCUGCCUGUCCAAUGGAGGAAUAUUCCCAGAAACGCACUAUCCACGUCUGCUGCAGACGCUUCUCAAGGACUCAAGUUUUCUGGCUCCAGUUCUGACACGUCUCACCAACUAUAUGCUCUUCUCAAAAGGGAUCGGGGAAGUGUUCGGUCCGUACACUCAGCCUACAGACGCUGAGUUCUGGGACAUGUGGACGGGCCUGCGCUUCAAUGAUGGGAACCUGGUCCUGGACAGCAUUCUCCAGUACAUCAACCAGAGAUUAAAACACAGAGAGAGAUGGGUGGGCGCGCUCACGUCCACCUUCAUCCCAUUGCACAUGAUCUACGGACCCUUGGACCCAGUCAACCCUCAUCCCCAGUUCAUCCGUCUUUACCAGCAGCUGGUCCAGAGGUCAACCGUAACCGUGCUGGACGAGCACAUCAGCCACUACCCUCAGCUGGAAGACCCCACUGGCUUCCUCAACGCAUAUUUCAACUUCAUCAACUCCUUCUGAAGAUGGUCUGCCCAGUACAAAAUGCAACACAAAGGCUCCGACCUGGACUCAGAUCCUACACACGUCCUUUGAAAUGAUGAUGUCCAUAUUCAGAAGCUUUAUCUCCCCAGUAUUUGCAAAGACUUGAAGUAUUUUAUCGGUGAUGCAAAGGUACCAAAGUUAGAAAAGUUCUAGUGUGGUGCGAAGACUCAUUCACUAAUGAGAUUUUAUCAUAACUGAUACUCAACUAAGCAGCAUUAUACCCGGAGGUGUCAAUUACUGGCUUGGAAUACAUGAAUUUAACAGAGCUAUGAGCACUAUGAACAAAAAUGAGUUGUUUCUCAAUGCUAAUGUAAAAUUGACUCUUUGAUGGGAACUUUGGAGCCUCACAUGAAGCACGGCAAGGUCGGCUCUAUGAACAUAUCCAAUUUUGAGACUUAAUUCCCUUCAUUUUAUGUUGAUUGUGAUGUGAAUUUUGUUCAAGUAAGAAUUUGCCAGAAUCUGCAUCCUCUUGAAUUUUGAUAUGAUUUUCUACAUGUCUGUAUGGUGAUGCAAAAAAAUAACUUUUCUGUGAAUAAAACUUAAUUUUGUAAAGAAAAA